ACCCAAGGCAUCCCGCAAUGAGUUUUAUACAGACUGUUCCUUCUCCGCCAAGGAGUCAGAGUAGAGCGUGGAAGCAUCCCAGCUCCAGUACGGGAUAAACCACACGAUCAUCAAGACCAGCUCCAACACCCGACAUACAAGCAGGCAGCAGACACAGAGGAAGAUGAUGAUGAUGAUGAUGCAGUCAGGCCUGGAUGACAUGACUAAGCAGAGGAGGUUGCAGGCUCAGGCUCUGUGCAAGGAAGCCAGGGGAGGGGGUCUGAACCUCGGGAAGAAGAUCAGCGUUCCAAAGGACGUGAUGAUGGAGGAGCUCAACCUUCCAUCUAAUCGAGGCUCUCGCAUGUUUCAGGAGAGACAGAAACGCGUCGAGAGGUUCACGCUGGAGAACGCUGCCAAUGGUGCUUACAACACCAACAAUGUCUACCCAGAGGCCGUCCCUCCGCCACAGAACGUCCCCCAAACACAGGGAGAAAAAGAGAACCAGGUUAUCUCUAUCCCUGGUAAGCACAGCCUGGUCAUGAACCUUCAGAAGACUGUAGCAAAGAAAGGCAGUCCUGCCGUCCUCGCUCCAGGAUAUUCUGGCCCUCUGAAGGAUAUUCCUCAUGAGAAGUUCAACACAACAGUGAUCCCCAAAUCCUACUGUUCCCCAUGGAGCAACUCUUUGGGAACCAACAUAGAGCUCCUCAAUGCCCUCAAUACCCCGCUGCCCGAGCUUCCACAGAGACUACAGCCUUCCAACUACAGGUGCUUCAACAGAUCUGCCAGGCCAUUCGGGGGAGCUAUGGCCAGCGAGAGGGUGAUCCCAGUGAUUGGCUUUGAGGCAGUAGAAUCCCAAUACCUGCCCGGCAUCGCUCUGGACCGCAUGUGUCGACGGCCCAACUUCAACAAAGCACCCAGGGGAUGGGGAAUUGAUUACUACCCCGAAUCUAACGAACUAUGAAAAGGGUGCUGAUCAGCUAAAAGACUGAAGCACAGACCUAUGCUUGCUGCUCUCUUCAUACGAGGUUAGUCCCUCUGUUAAUCAGUGGGCGCAGCAGGGGAGAGAAAAACAAUCAUGCAUGAUAUAUAGUUAUUUGCUACUGCCGAGUGGUCUGUCCAGUUGAGGUAAACAAGACGCCUGCAAUCACUUCACUAUCGCACUAGUUGUAUACAAUGCAGCCACAGGCUGAACGGUUGUUUCCUUUGCAUUAUCUGAUCCCAUCAACGUCAACUCCUCUUUCCCCACUCCAAGUGUCAAUCACACUGUGACGUUAUCAUCUUAACCCCCUCCUUUGUCUCAUGCUACAGCACAAGUACUAAUGAAUAAUAUGUACUCUGAACUCAAUGACAAAAUGGCCUCAUUUUAAUGACAAGUGAAAACAACAUUCAAAGAAAGCCUUACAAUAAACAAAGUCAUUUUGCUGUGGACUUUUAAGAUUCUGUCAAAUAAAACAAAUUGCUGAAAAUUAACAGUUUUUAAAAAAUGCUCCUCAGAAACCUACUCCAUGUUGCACAAUGUGACAAAAAAAAGUUUGACAUUUUUAUAUGUACAAUGGCUCCAACCACAGGAGCCUGUAUACAUGGCCCUGAUCACAUUGGCCUGUACUCUCAUGUUAGAAGUCUGCUGUUGCCGUUCUGGUACUUUUUAACUGCGAGACGAGACAAAGUCAUCUUGGAAUAUCCCGGUUGUCGUCUCUCCUGAUACAGAUGGUGCUCGUUCAGUUCACUCACGUCACUGCAUGUGGCAUACUAAAUCUGAUGUUAUCCAGUAAGACAGAACAGGGUUUCUCCCAGAAGCAGUCUGCAGGUUUCAGGCCCACUGACUGCAUCUGAAGUGAAAGCACCUGACCAGGUUUGAC